AGGGGGAAGGAUCCGAUUCUCGAAUUAGAUCCCUCAGCGCCGGAUUGGGGCCGCUUUUUGUUGCCCCAGUUAGUCGAUCGGAUCGGUCGAUUCGUAAUCCAUCGCCUUUUGUUGUUGGAGGGCUUCGAUGAGAUUGGGGAGGGUUUGCAUCGAUGAAGGUGUUCCAUUUGUGGAUCCUUAGGGUUCUGUAUCUGUGGAGUUGUCGGAAUUUGGGGUUUCUGAGCGGGAAUAAGUGUGAUCUGAGGUGUUGAGUUUUAUUUUUUUUUGAUAAAUUUGUUUAUUUUUUGGUUUUUUUGAAGUCGCCUCAGAGGAAUCUCGCAAGGGUUUCUGAAGUGGGGGAGGCUUGUUGUGAGAGUGUUUUUUUUUAGGGUUGUAGCUUAGGAAAGUUUUGAUCAUUUGUGUUGAAUUUGAGGGUUUUGUAGUUGUUUUUAGUAGUUGUAGUAGGAAAUAUGGUGAGUGGACACCUCUUCCACUGUAGGAAGAACUCAUGGCCCGCAGAGGAGUAUGUGAGCAGAGUCACCUUGCAGUUGCUGGACUUUGAUGGUGGUGCGCCACCAGAACUGGCAUGGAGGAGGAGGUUGAAUAGUCAUGCUAACAUAUUAAAGGAGUUUAGCGUGACUUUUAUGGAAGCAAUUAGAAUGAUGCGUCUUGGUGUGCGUCUUUGGACAUAUGUGAGAGAAGAAGCUUCGCAAGGAAGGAAAGCACCUAUUGAUCCAUUUACACGAGAACGUUGUAAGCCAUCAGCCUCCCAAGGAGUACCACUUGGUGGGAUGGGAAGUGGUAGCAUUUCAAGAGGUUUUAGGGGAGAGUUUAAACAUUGGCAAAUAACUCCUGGUUCCUGUGAAAUGUCUCCGGUGAUGGCAAACCAGUUUUCUAUUUUCAUAUCUCGAGAUGGAGGAAACAGAAAAUACUCAUCAGUUUUAGCUCCUGGUCAUCAUGAAGGUUUAAAGAAAUCAGGGGACCAAGGAAUAUCAUCGUGGGACUGGAAUUUGAGUGGUCAACAUUCAACCUAUCAUGCUUUAUUUCCUAGGGCAUGGACAGUUUAUGAUGGUGAACCCGAUCCGGACCUUAAAAUCUCUUGUCGGCAAAUAUCACCAUUUAUACCUCACAAUUAUAGAGACAGCAGUCUUCCAGCAUCUGUUUUUGUUUACACUCUAGUGAAUACUGGACGAGAUAGAGCAAAAGUCAGCUUGCUACUAACUUGGGCGAAUUCUAUUGGAGGAGUUUCCCACCAUUCUGGAGGUCACAUUAAUGAGCCAUUCAUAGGAGAAGAUGGCGUCUCUGGAGUGCUUCUACAUCACAAGACUGCUAAAGAUAACCCUCCUGUAACUUUUGCCAUAGCCGCAUGUGAAACUCAAAAUGUCAAUGUGACAGUUUUGCCAGUUUUCGGCCUUUCCGAUGGAAAUUGUGUCACAGCCAGGGAAAUGUGGGGUACCAUGGUGCAGGGUGGACAAUUUGAGCGGGGAAAUUUUGAUGCUGGUCCAAGUAUGCCUUCUUCGGGUGAUACAAUUUGUGCUGCAGUUUCUGCUUCUACUUGGGUUGAGGCGCACGGAAGAUGUACUGUCGCGUUCGCCUUAGCCUGGUCGUCCCCAAAAGUGAAGUUUCAGAAGGGAUGCACAUACCAUAGGAGAUAUACAAAAUUUUAUGGAACUUCCGAAAGAUCAGCUAUCAAUUUGGUUCAUGAUGCCUUGAAGAAAUACAAGUGGUGGGAAGAGGAGAUCGAGAAAUGGCAAAACCCUAUACUUCAUGAUGAAAGGCUCCCAGAAUGGUAUAAAUUUACUCUUUUUAACGAGCUUUACUUUCUGGUUGCUGGGGGAACAGUUUGGACAGAUGGUGAAGCUCCAGUUUUUGAUGAGAAAUUAAGUCCUGGUUCCAACCACCAGAAAUCUACUAAAGCGGUUAAUAACAAUUCAUCGAAUAUUGUAGCCACGAAGAAUAACCAUGUCAGUUUUUCUGGCAUUGAGCUAAACAAUGGUGAUGAGAAAAUAAUCCCAAGUUUUCCAGCUGAGCAUGAUUCAACCACUUGUGAUAGCAUACACGGCCAUGACACUCCGCAGCCCGGACCCCUUCUACUUCCACAAGGCGGUCCUGAAAAUGUCGGGAAAUUCUUAUAUUUGGAAGGAGUGGAGUACAUCAUGUGGUGCACCUACGACGUCCAUUUUUAUGCCUCUUUUGCUCUUCUGGACCUAUUCCCAAAAAUCGAACUGAGCAUUCAACGCGAUUUCGCUCGGGCUGUUUUGUGUGAGGAUCGUAGGAAAGUCAAAUUUCUUGCCGAUGGCACCUGGGGAAUUCGCAAGGUCAAAGGCGCUGUCCCCCAUGAUCUAGGAACUCACGACCCUUGGCACGAAAUGAAUGCCUACAAUAUACAUGAUACAAGCAAAUGGAAAGAUCUAAACCCUAAAUUCGUGCUACAGGUGUAUAGGGAUUUUGCUGCAACUGGUGACAUGUCCUUUGGAAGGGAUGUUUGGCCUGCAGUUUGUGCUGCCAUGGAUUACAUGGAACAGUUUGAUCGUGACGGCGACGGCCUUAUCGAGAACGAUGGGUUCCCUGAUCAAACCUACGAUGCUUGGACGGUUCAUGGAGUAAGUGCGUACUGCGGCUGCCUCUGGCUCGCAGCCCUUCAAGCUGCGGCAACAAUGGCUCACCGCCUCGGAGAUCAUGCUUUUGCUGAGAAAUGCAAGAUUAAAUUCCUGAAAGCUAAGCACGUCUUCGAAGCCGAGUUGUGGAACGGUUCGUACUUCAAUUACGACAGUGGGACGAGCAGCAAUAGCCGAUCCAUACAGGCAGAUCAACUGGCAGGACAAUGGUAUACGGCUUCAUCAGGAUUGCCCUCACUUUUUGAUGAGGGGAGAAUAAGGAGCACACUUCAGAAGAUUUUUGAGUUCAAUGUGAUGAGGGUGAAAGGGGGUCGGAUGGGAGCGGUGAAUGGUAUGAAGCCUGAUGGAAAGGUCGACGAGUCUUGUAUGCAGUCGCGGGAAAUCUGGACGGGAGUUACAUACAGCGUUGCUGCAACGAUGCUUCUUCAUGGGAUGGAGUAUCAGGCUUUUACUACCGCAGAAGGUAUAUUUAUUGCCGGUUGGUCUGAAGAAGGAUAUGGCUAUUGGUUCCAGACCCCCGAAGGAUGGACUACCGACGGGCACUACAGGUCGCUAAUAUACAUGCGCCCGCUCGCAAUUUGGGCGAUGCAGUGGGCUUUAUCUCCUCCGAAGACGAUUCUCGAGGCACCCAAGAUAAAUAUGAUGGACAGGAUAUUCAUCUCUCCCCUCACCCUCCGAACCCCCAACGAGACCUGUGUGAGAAAAAUUGCACCUAAGAGCGCGUGCUUUGGCAACACCGUAUUCCACUGCGAAUGUUGAUCAAAGUAGAACGUGCGAGAGUAAACAAUUUUUGGUUCUCCCAACUCCUCAAGUAAUCAGUAGGGGUGGGGGUUUUUUUUUUAUUACUUUUUUCUUUUUCUAUUUCUUGGGUAUAUGUAAUAAAAAAACUUGGUUCUUUUGGGGCAAUCUCGGGGAGGAGGUAUAGUGGUCAUAAACCUGGUGUGGUUCAGGAGCGUUCCCUUUGUAUAACAUUGUACAGUAUAUUUUUGUCCAAUUACUUCAUAUAUGUUGUUGUUUUCUAUCUUUGAUA